GCCCGCUCAAUUCAGCUUACAACGAUAUGGUAUAGGAUUCGUUAUUGCGACGUCCCUGCCAGAGUAUAUCAGACAAAUAUAAACAUACGUUUUAUGCUGAACAUGUCGAGUUUUGCAAUGAGAAUCUAGUGAUUGGAAAUUAUGCAAAAUUGUACAGAUAGUCGAUUGUGUCUUUUGUUUACCGUGUGGAUCUAAUUGAAAAAAUUCUGAAUAUAAAAUGUGAAAGCUCAGAAAUGAUUAUUCAGAAAGGGUUUGGAUAAACCACCUGUCGGAUUAUAUUUUUAUCAAUAAUUUUGGAAUUUCAUAUUAAGCUAUGAACAGAUAUGUGAUGUAUAAUUUGCAAUUAGAUUUAAACAGUUAAUGUAUAAACAAUAUGUAUCAAUGCUGGACGUUAUUACUAUUUGUUACAAUGCACGUGCAGAGUUCUCUUACUGCGGUUGCGACGUUCCCAAAAGUUUCGUCAGGCAUGCAGCUUAGUAAGCACGUGCAAAGUACGGCAAAGGAGGAAACUUCAAAAACGUUCUCAACAAACUGGCCAGAUGAAGUUCAGCUGGGCUGCAAAGAACUUAGAGCUAAACGAUUUAUCUCUGAUGGAUUUUGUACGUCGUUGAAGCCACUGAAGGAAGUUGUGUGUGCAGGACAGUGUAUGCCUAUCAAAGAACAAAAUAUGCCAUGGUGGGCAGAAUUUACCAAAUAUUGGGCGAACCCAAAAUUCAUGGAGUGGAGGUGUGUAGAAGCUGUAACUAAAUUAAAGAAAGUGCAAUUAAUGUGUGAAAAUGGCGAAACUAGAACCUAUAGAAUUAGAGUAGUAAAAUCGUGUAGGUGUAAAAGUUACGAAAAAGGAACAAAUGUGACUGACCUUAAGACAAAAUCGCCUCCAAGAGGGAAAAGAGAUAAAGAUGAAACUAAACGAAAACGCAAACAAAGAAAGGAACAGAAACGAACGGAAAGAAGACGGAAAAGAUUGGAACGUAAAAGAGCGAAGAAACAAGAACGAAAAAGAUUAGGCCAAUCGAGUAAGCAUAGACAUUCCGGUGACAGAGACAGCCGGCGAAGUAGACGGCAACAUAGCGGUGACAUUGACACUGUUAAAGGCUCUCAAAAUAAGAAUGAAACUGUUUCAGACUCUCAGAACAGAAAUUUACAGCUUUUAAAAAAUGAAUCGCCAACAGUGUAAAAGUAUGAAAGCAUGAUAGGAAUAAAUUGCAAAAAUAUGUUUAUAAAGUAAUUUUACAAAACAGGUGUCUAACAAAGACAUAUGUGUCCCAAAGAAAAGAGAUGCCCGCUAAGUAUUCUCGAUAGGAUUAUAGGGAUUAUACGAUGUAGUGGCGAAGAUGUAAUUUAUUGAAUUGUUAAGUGUAAGCAAAAACAUCUAUUAAAUUAAUAGUACCUGAUUGUAUGAUGGAUCCUGGGUGCUACAAGUGUGCCAGUGGUAUCCAUGGAAUGUUUGAGGACCAUAUGUUACAAAAAGACAACAAACUAGCAAAAUAAAUGGAAUGUGAAGGAUUAUAUAGAUGGGUAUAUUCUUGACUUAAAUUGUAAAAAAAGACAAAUGACAAUUGUAAACAGUUUUGAAUGGAGGUCAUUGUGGAACAUUUGUUCAUUUAUUUAAAAAUGAUAUUCCACGGUACACCAAGUACACCAUUCCAGUUAUCAAAAUUGACAAACGGUCACAAACUUUAUCUAAAAUAUUCAACCUUUUUAAAAUAAGCUCAUUCUGUAAGUAAACAUUCAUUAAUAAAUAGUCAUCAAUGUGUUAUUAUGAUUAUUUAAGUAUUUUUAAUUAAAAUCUACUUCAGUUUUUGUUCAAUCUCAUCAGUGUAAACGCACUGUUUUCUAUCAUUGUGUAAUAUUCCAUUUUCUAACAGAUGUAAUGUCAUUAAAUCAUGACUUUAAAUUGUCAUUUUAACUAAUGCAUUUAAGAUAUGUUUGCCAUUACAUUAUAUUAAAUACACAAAGCGAUGAUCUUGGUGCUAAAGUAGCAAAAUGUGAAGUAUAUAUUUCAUAUAAAGUAUUACAAAUGGCGAUGCUACCUUUAAGCUAGGCCUCAUGACAUAUAUUUAAACUACCAACCUGAGGCGCUGAAGGUAAAACGUACGAUGCGGCUAUCAUUAGUCUGGCAGAAAGUUAUGCUAGUGCAUUUUACAUUAGAAAGGUAUGCAAAAUUUAUUUGUUCUUUAUACAGGAUGAGAAUUUGUUCUUUAUACAGAAUGAAAAUGUUAAGCUAAAGAGCUAAAUAUCUUACUUUUCCAAAGGUUAUCCAGUUCAGGAAUGAUUUUGCUUAAAGCGGCAUGAUUUCUGUGCUUUAAAAUGAAUGCAAAGUUCAAGUUAAAAAUAUGAACACUUAUGCUAAAUUCAACUGAAGAAAUGAAAAGCGUAUUCAAAGUAAAUAUGAAUUUACUUAUUACAAGCGAUGUAAGGUUGCUGCUACAAAGUCUUCUUGUUCUAUUUUCAAAAUCAUUAUUACAUUUCACUAAAUGUUACAUGAAAUAUAAUUUUCUGAGUAGGUUGCAUGCAAACAUGCAAUCAUUGUCGUAUGUUAAACUUAUUUCAUCGCGCCAGUAGUAUGUUAAUAGUUAUAUUGUCGAAGUCGGUUUUGUCCAUUUAAGCAUUUUAAUCUUGAUGUUGUCAUUUUGCAUGUUUUGAAAGUUGUUAAUCAUUGAUGUCAGAUAGAAAAUUUAUCAGUUUUAACAUCCUUCCAUUUUAUCACUGAAUUUUCAUCCAUUCCCAAUGCUUCAGUAUCAGACCCUAAAUAAUGGUUAGAGGUUAAGGAACAUGUAUAAAUACCUGCCCACGUCAAUCGCGGCCUCAACAGCUCCAGUAAGUUUUUUUCGAUUCCUAACAGCUGAUAUUUAUUCUCAGUUACACGUAUUGGAUCAAUCGUAUUUCUAUUUCUUGGCCUGCAAUAGGUAUCUUAAUAGUUUGACCUAUAAUUCAUACUAUUUAUGCACAUUUUAUGUUGAAUUCUGUUUCCUUUCAUAGGUUUUUUGUCUUCUGAAUAUUUGGAAAUCGGAAGUACAAUAAAGCAGAAAAAAAAAUCAAUAUAACGGAACCGGAUACAAAUACACAGAAAAUCUAUAAACGGUCGAGAGUUUUUAAUGGAUCGUUGUCACGACUACAGGUUGCAUCAUGAACAUUUGUUAACUUAUAUAUACUGUAAAUAACGGAUCAUACAAAAAAUGUGCACACACAACGUUUUUACCUGGCAUAAAAUACAUUAUGAAAAGUUGAAUUGUAGAAACAGUUGUCCGAAUCUGAUAGUAUUUGAGCCGUGCCAUGACAAAACCAACAUAGUGGGUUUGCGACCAGCAUGGAUCCAGACCAGCCUGCGCAUCCGCGCAGUCUGGUCAGGAUCCAUGCUGUUCGCUAACAGUUUCUCUACUUGCAAUAGACUUUGAAAGCGAACAGCAUGGAUCCUGACCAGACUGCGCGGAUGCGCAGGCUGGUCUGGAUCCAUGCUGGUCGCAAAGCCAUUAUGUUGGUUUUCUCAUGGCGCGGCUCAUUUAUGAUAAAAUCAGAUUUUAUUACAUCUUCAUUUUUCAUCGGAUGCAUUCCAUAUUGUUCGAUGUAUCAGUUAGGCAUUUGUUUUCUUUUCAAUCAUUUUUGUUAUGUUUGUUUUUGUUUUGCUCAUGUGAUACUAUCAGGGCCAUAUAUUAUUUGUAAAUUGUAUUUAAUUUGUAAAUAUUCAUUUAUGAAAAAUUAAAACUGAUAAUAUGUA